AUGUUGAGAACUACCUUUAUCGCUCUGACAAGCUCAUUGCCUAAACGAAACAUGAGUAUAUUUAUGCAAUGUUUAAACCCUCUCACUGGCAUCGCUACGUGGGAAGAGAAGGAUCAAUAUUAUGAUUAUCAUCAGGAGGUAGCGAGGUCUGCAUUUGCAGACAUGCUACACGAUCACGAGCGAAAUGAGAAAUAUUACGUCGCUCUGAAAGCAGCUAUCAAAAAGAAGCACCAGGCGGGAGAACAGGCUAAUGUAUUAGACAUAGGCACUGGUACGGGAUUGCUGUCGAUGAUGGCGGCCAAGUGUGGCGCCGACACUGUAGUCGCAUGCGAGGCUUUCACACCAAUGGCCAAUUGCGCCGUGAGGAUAAUCAAGGAAAACGGCCUCGAGGACAAGAUCAAGUUGAUUCGCAAACGCUCCACCAAGAUGACGGUCGGUAAGAACGGCGACAUGCCAAAGCGGGCGAAUAUCCUGGUGACCGAAGUAUUCGACACGGAAUUGAUCGGCGAGGGAGCUCUGUCGACAUUCCGACAUGCUCACGAAGUUCUUCUCGAGGAAAACAGCAUCGUCGUGCCGCACAGCGGGACUGUGUGGGCACAGGUGGUCGAGAGCUCCCGAGUUUGCGCCUGGAAUCGAGUGAAGCCGAUUCAGGACGGAAGAGAUACGUUGGUGAACGCUCCGCCGGCUAUCCAAGCGUGCUCCGGCGCGGCAGCGGUGCACGACAUGCAGCUCUCCCGUAUUCGUCGCGAUGCUUUCGCGCCAUUGCUAAAGCCGCAGCCUAUCUUCAGGUUCGACUGGUCCGGCAAGGAACCUCUGUUGUACGACGAAAAAGUGUCGUUGCGCGCACAACCGAUAGCGACCGGGGUCGCGCAUGCAAUUUUCAUGUGGUGGGACUUGAACAUGGAUACAGACAACCAGAUUUUGCUGAGUUGUGCACCCGUCUGGGAGCAUCCAGACGUCCCCGAUAAGGUGAAGGGAGAUACCGAGCGUUUGCAGGAAAUGGCGGACUUAAUACCUUGGAGAGAUCACUGGAUGCAGGCUGUGUAUUAUCUUCCGGAAGAGGUGCCGAUUACACGCGGCGUCGAAGUGAACCUCGUGGGGUAUCACGACGAGUAUUCUUUCUGGUUUAAGUUAUUAAACGGAUCGAUAGAAAAGAUUCCCGAGUGCCCGCGACCCGUGUGCAACUGUUGCGCGCACGUCGCGUACUCACGGACGCGUAUCGGUCAGUUGAACGACGCAGGUCGCAAUGAGAGGUACAUACGAGCUCUGCGGAAGAAGAUCACCGCGAACAGCGUCUGCCUCUGCCUGUCAGACGGCUGUCUGUUGGCGCUCGUCGCCGCGAGACUCGGCGCGAAGGUGUACCUGCUGGAGCAGAACUUCCUGUCGCGCAAAACCACGGAGAUGUUCCUGCAAGCGAACGGCCUCGCCGACCGUGUGAGAAUCGUCGAGUCGAUCGAGGAUCUGCCGGAGGCGCGCGAGAUCGACUUCAUCUUCGGCGAGCCGUACUUCUUAAACUCCAUCGUGCCCUGGGAGAACUUGCGGUUCUGGUACCUCGCCUCGAGGUAUCCGUCGAGCGUCGCACGGAUGCCGAUCGUGGCGACCAUCAAGGCCGUAGCCGUCGAGUUCAAGGAUCUGCAGAAGAUAAGAGCGCCCCUCGGCGUCUGCGAAGGCUUCGACUUGUCCUGCUUCGACACACUCGUGCAGACGUCCAGCGAGCAAAGCGACAAUCCUAUAGAAGCUCAUCCACUCUGGGAGUAUCCCUGCAGAGCGUUAUCUUCGUCCUUCAAUAUCAUCGAGCUCGAUCUUACGCGCAACGUGAAUUUCGACGAGCGCAUUCAGGUGUCGGGCGACGUUCCGUUUUUAGACAGCGGCACCUGCAACGGCGUCGCGCUAUGGGUGGAUUGGCAAUUGGACACCGAGACCUCGGUGUCCUGCGGCCCGAUCGGGAAAAUAGUGCCUGGCGAACAGGUGUCCUGGGACCCGUACACGAGGCAAGGGGUGCACUUGUUCCGCAAAAUUUGCGACGUCAACAAAGGAAGCGCGCUUUCUUGGUCAUUCACCUUCAUCCCGCAACACGGCGAGGUCGAGUUCAAUUUCAAUUACUAGGAAAUGUCGGGAUGUAUACAUAAAAAAGAAAAAGAAAAACAAAAUGAAACGGUAAAAAGUGUAAAAAUAGAAAUUCAUGGCCGGAUCGUCGGGAUCGUAGGAAGCGGUUGCGAAGAGCUGACGAUGAUGAUGUUCUUACACAUGCGGAAAUAUAUUAAAAUUUAUUGUAAGUACAAAUAAAAGGAAUAUAUUGCGA